CGUGUUACAGUUCAGUCGAUUUUUCCGUGGACACGGGAUAAAUUAUUGAGUUCCUAUUCCUGUUGGUCGAGUAUUCGCGCGUAGCUCGAUGGCUUCGGUUAUUGGCGGUCGCUUCGGUGGUUGACCAAUGCAAACAAGUGGGACUGACCCAUGCAUGCUGUAUGGGAUUGCAGUAUAGUCUGUAGUAGGAUUAACAGCUGAUUGCAGUGGACCGUGUUUUUCCGUAUGUGCACGUUUCAAGGGCGGUGGGUCUUAGCUGUACUGCAGAGGGUAAUAAUUUCCAUUAGUAAAAACUUAAUCGUGUCGAAGUGGGGCAAAGGUUUUUUUGGUGGAAAAACAGCAGUGGUAAUGCCAAAAAUUCUGAUGAAGGUUGGAUUAGUCGGUGUAACUCAGUGAAAUUCAAACAACCUAAUUCCAGUGUCGAACCCACCAAACGCCUCUAGGGUAGGCUUUUCUGCAGAAUCUAAAUUGGAUGGAUUAAAGAGAGUGUCUCGUUAAAUGAAUAUCGUCUCGUGGUUGACCGAGGCCUAAGAGUGAAUGAAAGCGAAAGUAUAAGCCAACCAAACAACGGAGACAUGCAGUCUUCUUCGCUGCAUUAUUAGUCACGAAGCAUUUGAAAGCAGCUGAGUGGAGAGUUCUCGUUAGUGAAGUGAUCCGGCGAAUUAAAUUAGCAUUUAUUGAAUGAGGAAUAAAUUGGAACACGGUGACUGCAGCAGUGCGUAGUGGUGAAAAUAACAAAUUCUGUUCUUAAGCUUCUAGAACAGCUGGUCGCGAGUCAGUACGUAGUGGAAACAGAGUCAGAUUCAUACGAAGACGACGAUUGUGUGUGCGUUUAUAAAUAAAGUUAUAUCCCUCGCGCUAUACUCGAUUGACCGUCUAGCGUUGGUCUGGUGGUGUAUUGAAAUUGAACGGGAUAUCCGCCCACUGAAGAUUGGCGAUAAGUGAUCUGAAGGGUGUCGACGAGAGCAUCAACAAUCGAGUAUAGUUCUAAUUAUAGGCGCCUGCCUCAAUAAAAUGUGGCCUAUUGUGAGCGGCCAACGAAAUCAAAUGGAAGAAUUAAGUCGAUAAGCAGUGUGUAGUGAAGUGACAAAUACACACACGGUCGUAGGGAAUUUAUCGAAUGAAAAAGAAGCAAAUGAUCCAAAUAUUUACAUUGUGUGCAGCUGAAUAAAUGUAGUGUGUGGCGCUUUCCUCCGAGGUCGUUGACGGGUGGACGGUACGUGUUGUGUUACUCCACAAGCGGUACAAUUAUACCCAAUUAUUCCUGCAAGCAGCCUUCGCCGUCGUGGGAGAACACCAAGAAAACGCCAUAUUAGCCUCCCAAAUAACAAACUCAUCACAUCCCGAAGCAGAAGCAACAGACCCACACAUAUUAAGCUCACAAUAACUACAAAUCAUCGUCGCCACCGUUGCCAGUUCGGAGGGGAUCCUGCUAGUGGAAGUAAACCGUCUUUGUCCAAUCAUCUCGAAUUUUUUAUCGAUUUGGUUGUAAAUCUGAGCCGAGGCGGAAAACCGUUGCAGAAAAUCAUCGGAAAAAGGGUCAGCUCCUCUAAGCAAAGUAAAAAAAAAACUCCAUCGGAUUGAAUCCAAAACCGAUGACGCAGAGGGGGGUUUAAAUCGAUACGGUGGUGAUCCUCUGCGUGGAGAUUCCUUUCGGUUUUGACGAGAAAAGUUAUUCAUCAAGGAGGGUUUAAAAACGAAAAAAAAAAUCCAAUCUGCGGAAGGAAGCAGUUUCGUAUUGUGGCGGUGAAUCGAGCCGAAAAAUUGGAAAAUAGUCAUCUGGGAAGGUUUGGUUGAGGGAAUGUGAGUGGGCAAAAGUGAGUAGGAUGACCGAAGAAAUGUUAAAAUAUGAAAGUGAAGGAUAUGUGCUUAGUGUUUUGCGAAAAUAGACUCAUCUUGAGCAGAUUCAAAGGAAGUGAUCAAUGGCAUUCUUAAGAAAGCAUCAAAGACUUUGACUAAAGCGGACCGCACAUGAUUGAUUACGCCAACACCACCAAAUUAUUCAUAAACAGUGAAAUUAAUUGCAUCCCCACAGCAAAUCAACAAACAACCGCUGCUCCACACGAAGGCCAUCCAUAAAUAAUAAAAAAAAAGAAAACUUUCAUUGCAUCGCGGGUGGAACCUAGCCGAACAGGUCCCAAAAAUAAUUAAAUCGAUACAUAUCGGCGGGCAUAGGCAAUCCAAGUUCAAUGCAACCAAAUGCACCGGUGGACCACCAAGUGAUGCUUCUGCUGCCAAUGUUCGUCGCUAACGAUGACAAUAUUGACCCAUCAUUAAUAUUCUGCCCGAAUGUUGCCCGGUAGGUGAGAUUAUGUUGAACUGGAAUCGACCACCGGCCACAUCCGGGAAGCUGUCGAUGACAAGUGGUGGUGCUCCGGCCGAACUGAGCCCGGUUGCCUUGCUACUGUUGCUUUUGUUGAUCCUAACGAGCUGCUCUGGUGGCAGCGGUGGUGGUGAUGCUGAUUCCGAUGGAUUCGGUAUAGAAGAUCGGCCGUCACUGUCCGCUUCGUCGCACCUAUGCGGAGGAACUCUGACGGCCACCCAUGGCAUCAUACAGACACCCAACUUUCCGGAACGGUUUCCGAUUCCCAUUAGCUGCACCUGGAUAAUUGAUGCUUCCACCAUGGCGGUCGGAAGCAACGUAUCAAUUGUGGUGUACCUGACGCAGCAGUACGUUCUGAGUGGACUUCGAUUUACGGAGUUUAUGUACUACAGUGCCGAUUUCAAAGUGCCCAGUAUGAAUGUGUUUGAACUUUCCGAAGACGAUGUGACAAAUGUGCCGUGGAUCAAGUUCAACAGUCCGUAUCUGGAAAUUAAGUUCACCAUGGAUGACCUGUACGGGACGCAUCUACGGGCGCUGGAUCGGCUGUUGGAUGUGUACGGGUUCAACAUUACGUACGAGGUGGAUGCCGUCAAGCAGUAUCAGUGCAAUGCGCUGCAGUGCCGGUUCCUGGGGAAUUGCUACGCCAAACAUGAUUACUCGUCGUACUACUGUGACUGCUAUCCGGGGUUUAGUGGAAUCGAUUGCGGCUACGGGCCACUCUGCAAGGAUUCGCACAUCUGUGAGAACGGAGGUACAUGCAAGCACAUCGGGGACAAUGCCGUUACCUGCAUCUGCCCCACCGGCUUCAAGGGUAACAAAUGCGAGAUCAGCGAGUACGAUGAAAUCACAGGAUGCAAUGUGGAUAACGGUGAGGACUGCUUUCGUCAGUGCAUCUACGACGAGGACGGUGCCAAAGAAGCCUGCAAGUGCGAUCAGAGCAUAUCGUCGUCCUCUCGUGGCCGGGCAAAGUACGAGGUAACGGUACGCUUGGCAAAUUCGUCGCACUUUGAAACGAACGAGAACGGAGAACGGCAACUGAAUGAAAACAGUAUCACUCUGUUGGAGCAGCAUAUAAACCGUUCCCUGAGAAACUCGAAUUUAUCGAAAAUAAAUGACCUAGAAGUAUUCCCCGGCAAGACUGGCAACGAAGUAACGUUUCAAUUUUUCGGCGCGAAAAUUGAUUCCACCCGGAUACGGGAGGCGAUGGACCGGAUGGGGGAGCAGCAGCAGAGCAGGGGAAAAGCCAACAGCAACAUCAGCUUUGCUCCACCGUACAAGCCCAGCUUUCGCCAGGAUGUGGGCCUUAUGCUGCAGUCCGUGGUCGUCAAUCAGAAAGGCCCCAUCCGAGAGAACACUGAGUUCAUCUUGUCCUGCGUGGCUCAAGGCUCGUCUACGAUGACCUUUCGUUGGUAUAAAAAUGGUUUCUUUGUGAACGUGACAAAGGCAACACGAAACAUGUGGACCCGUCUGCUGCCACUGGACUCCAAGGAUCACUAUACCGCCCUGCUGGGCAUCACCAAGGCGAGCCGACUUGACGAGGGCAUCUACACGUGUCAGGUAAACGACAUGGGAAUGCAGCAGUGUCGUUCGACCAAGGUGCAGAUCCUCGGCGCCCCCCAGCUCCGGGUGGAUCCCCCGAGUGUGACGCUUUUUCGUGGCGAAUCACUGCUCAUUCGGUGUCUGUCCCAGGACUCGGAUCAACAGUACGGCACACUCGGGUACAGUUGGACAAAAAACGGUGCCCUCUUCCAGUCGGACUCGAAUACUGAACUGUGGGAAGAUCUCUACCCGGACGGCAGCAUCCUGAAGGUGAAAAAUCUCCAGAAAUCCGUUGUCUACACCUGUAUCGUAUCGAACUCGGUCGCACCGAUAUCGAAAAGUGUCCACGUAACUGUGGUCGAGCAGGGAACCGUUACACUAUGUCCGAAGAAUACCGACUAUGGCGUGAACUGGCCUGCCAGUGCAUCAGGGCCGGCAGUACUGGCGGAUUGUCCCAAGCGAGGGGAAGGACAAGCGAAAAGAAUCUGCGAGCAACGGGACUUUGGGCGUCCGGAAUGGCUUAUGCCGGAUUUUUCCGAAUGCGUUUCGGAUGCCGUCAUCGAAAUCGAGAAAGAGUUCCGUGGGCUUACGUUCGGCUAUCAGAAAACCAACGGGAGCAGCGUUCUGCAAUCGUGUCUGGAAUAUGCAAUGAAACACUACGCCGGAUUCCUUCCGGGCGAGGGUGGAGUGCUGCUGCGACUGCUACAAGAGAUUUUCCGCUACAUCGAACACACCGGGUCUCAGCAUGAACAGGAAAUCGCCUCGGACAUCAUCCUGCGCGUGGUCGAUGUCAUAAUGCAGAAUAAAUUAUCGCUGAAUAAUCAACAGCAAAUCAAGCAACUGCAGGAUCUGGUACAAGCGGCCGCCCUGAACCGCGAAACGACGAUGGCCGCACCGAUCUCGUCCUCGUCAUCACUGUCGUCGUCGUCGACCGCAUCCAAGGCCUCCCUGGCAGCGACCACCACCGUAACGCACCAACUCAACUCGUUCUAUUUGUACACGGAAUCAGUCAAAGGAUUGCCAUUCAAUUUGCAGAUCUACGGCGAUCAACUGUACUCGGACCAGCUGUACAUGGAGAUGGAUGUAACAAGGUCCCUGCUGGAUAUCGUGUCCAACGGAACCGUGCUCGUGACCGUAAUUUCCUACAAAAACCUCACUAGUUUCCUGCCUCGGUUCUACUUCGCCAAAAACAGCUUUGGCACCGAUAUUGAUUACAUCCCGGCGUCGAAAAUCAUCUCCACCUGGCUGUACUAUGCCAACCGCACCGGAUACGAACCGAACCGGCCGCUCCACGUGCCACUCGAGUCGGCCCACGUGGAAAUUAUCUUCCAGCACGAAAACUCGCCGACCAGCGAGUGGGUACCGCUUUGCGGGUACGAUGCGAAGGCAACAUUUGAACCAACGUGGCGCACCGACCUCUGCAUCACCGAGAAUUUGAUGGAAAACAUCACUAGAUGCAUUUGCCCAUUAUCAGGCACGUUUGUGGUUCUGCUGGCCAAGAAGAACUACAACGCAUCGGUUACGAAAACCUCAACCCGACCGAUUCUGGUGGUGAUAAGCUGCGGAUGUUGCUUCCUGCAAUCGUGCAUCGCGUUCGCCAUCAUGCUGCCGAUCCUGUACCAGCGGAGAUGCUGUGUGACCUUUUUAAAAAUGCAAUUCUGCUCCGCCACAUCGAUGGCGAUGGCAAUAUUCAUCCUGGGACUGCUACAACUUUUCCCACAAGAGUGGUUCAACGUAAUCAUCGCCCUGCUCACCGCAUUCCUUCUGCUCGGUUCAUCAACUCUGGUCGCCAUUACGGUUCUGGUGACGACCGAGCUGGGCCCACGCAAGCUGACCGCUGCCACCAGCACACUGGCCACCGGGAUCUCCGGCAGCAUCGGACUCAGCUGGUUCCUGCCGAUCCUGUGUGCCACCUCCACGCCCCUCGUGUACAGCGUAAUGUUCGAAUCACCCGACCACUGGUGGCACACGACGGAUUCCUUCGGUUUCAUCCUGUUCAUCGUCAUCGAGUCGCUGUUUGUGAUACUAUUUUUAUUGCUGUUUCUGACACUGAUGAAGAAACUUUUGUACCUCGCCAAGAAGCACGAUAAACACAACACUUCAAUCCUGAGAAGGAUAGGGCUGCUGUACCGGACCGCCAUGCUGUUCGUAUCCAACGUGCUGUGCCACACGUUCUACUUGGUGUACUUGAACAGUGAGAACCUGUUCAGUGGUUACGUUUUCAGUGCCAGCAGUAUUAUUUUGGGAUUCUGUAUCCUGUUCAGUUUCGUGAUAAAGGCUGAAGUAAAGCACGAAUCGGAGUCAACCAGUAGUAAAUCUAGUACCAAAAAUAGUUUAGACGACAACUGUUGUUCGGGAUCAAUAAAUAGUCCGUUAAGUUUUUAUACAACUCAAGAUCUAGAUAAGGAUAAUGAAUGUCUCCCUUCGGGUGGAAAAACAACGAAAAUUCCGCUGACAAUACUGCCCUCGCCUCAUUCACAGCAGUCACAGCAGCAGCAUCAGCAUCAACAACAAAUGGUCCAGCAAGGACAGCAUCAUCAAACGCAGCUGCCCACGCAUAUCACCACCAUCGAGCCAUGCAUUCAUGGUGACGGUCACAGCAUAGAGACCUAUCUGGGCGGUAGCAUUCCAACGGGCACAGCCACCAUUUGUAAUAUUGUAGCCCACGAGUAUGAGGCCUCUCCGGCGGUGGCGGGAACCGCUAGUUUAUGCAAUUUCAACACAAAAACACGCUGUUACGAACUGAUGGGACAACAGCAUCAUACAACCGUUGGACUCCCGGUGGAAAAUCCUAGCAUUUUAGCAACGUCAGCAGUGCCUCCCUCAGUAUCUGGUGGUGUGAUAGGUCAGUUCGAUUGGCACCAACAACAGCAACAGCAAUCCAUCGUGGGGAUGGUGCCAUGCGGAGGUCCGAGUGGGGGUGGUCUGCGGGAUGCCUUCUCGCUUCAGACCGGUGCUGGCACCGGAAUGUGCUACGUCACUCAACAGCAGCAGCAGGAGACUAAUGAAUUUGUCGGAGUCGGAGGUCUGGACAUACUGAAAGGCGUCGGUCAAGACAGCAUAAUUGGUAUCCGAAGCAAAGGCCUGGGAAUCUCCGAUCCUGCCACUGCCGGUGGCAGCAAGCUAACCGUUCUGGACCCAUCAUCCGGUGCGCAACUGUCAGCUGCAUCCCCCCCAUCAUCACUCUGCAUACUGAAGCAACCACCAGUGGCGGUAGUGGGCACCAAUCAGCACCCAGCUGUGUCUUCUGCCGCUGCUCCGGUGAUAACCGUAACCGGAACCGAUGAUCCGGAUCGCAUCGACGGUAUGCUGGAUCGAAUAUCGCUCGAUCUAGACUAUCUACUGAAUCGUACCUCUGAGGUGCCUACCGUAGUACCCAUCCAGCUGAGGCCAACAACUGCUGGCAGUGCUAGUACUAGUAAUAGUAGUAGUGGUAGUAGUAAUAAUAUUAGUGGUAGUUCUAAUAACAACGUGAAUGCUAGUGGAAGCAGUAACAGCGGUAGCAGUAGUGCAGGGCCACCGAGCGAUAAUGCCAGCAGUGGCGGUGCAGUGGCAGUGGGGACACAUGCCACGAUGCCACCACCACCGCCACCCUGUCAGCAGAAAGUGCCACUGAUUUCAACAUGCCACAGUGUUCAUGAAGUAAUAAUCGAAGAGUCUGAAGAAGUAGAUAGCUAAAUGUACGCUGCGACGACGUGGGUGUAUUUUCUAAAGGUUUGCCCGGUAUCACCCCGCAGCAGUGGGGAAAUUGUGCUGUUUGGUAUGCUGCAUGGUGCUUGGGAAAGCGAAGGUUUAUGAACUCAGGGCUGUCCAUUAGCGAAGGUAUAUGUUUGAUUUGAGAUAAUUUCUUGCCACCCAUGUUUUGACACAUAACCUAGAAAUGUGAAUCCAAGCAAAAAAUCAUAAAAAAUGGAACAGAGAUCCCAAAGCAUGCUUUAAGUUUAUAUGGCGAGUUGGAAGAGGUAUCACAGGUUUUACUAAUAAAGAAUGUACAGUGUACACACCAAAAAUUGGUCAUGGGACAAACGACAGGUUCAUUCUAAACUAUCUUCCUUGUCUCGAUGGAUAUCUUAUGACAACAUAUAGCCAGCUUAAAACCACCAUAUCUAGGUUUCAAUUUAAAUUAAGUGCUUUUUCUACAUAAAGAUGACGAUUUGAUUUGGUACAAAGGCUUUUUUCAGCCAUAUGAUUUAUUUGGAAACUAUACUUUGUUAGCAUAUGCACUAGAAUGGGUCAUGAUCAUUUUUCAGAAAAAUGUUUUUUUGGUUCCAUUUCGGGUCCCAAACAGCUGUGCAACAUUUGGGGACGAUUGGUUGUGACCGGGCUUUCCGCAUUACGUUUAAAAUUUGUAUGGAAAUUAGGAUGGGAAAACCUACUUGGUUGCAUCUUUAUUACUAGGGACCACAAUUUUGCACAAACCACGCAUCUAAAUACGUUCAAGUAUAGCCCAAGAAGUGCCUAACUACUUUUCUCAAGUAUUUAUUG